UCAAUGAAUAAUUUUUUUAUUUUUUUGUCAUAUGAUAAGAUAUUAGGAGAUUAGUAAAUUAGAUUACAAUAAAAAGAUCUCACUUGUUUCAUCGACUUAAAUGUUGAAUAUCUGACAUUUUCAUUAUCCCAAGAGACAAUUACAUAGACCAUUGGACCGGCUAUCUUGUUCGCCAAUGAAUAAUUUACAACUAAGUCGGUUUUGGUCAAUUUUCCGUUUCGAAAAACAGUACCCUAAUUUUUUGAGUCCCAGUGCCUCUAUAUAUAUAUUUCCAUAUGGAGGUUCCUUCCACAAUAAAACCUAUCUAUACUUGUUCUUGAAAGGCAAAGUUCCUUCUCUGAACCUUUGAAUAUGGGUCGAACAGUGAAGUACGAGUUCAUUGCUGAUGAACGUGUUCGGAAGCAGACAUUUCGGAAAAGAAAGGCUGGAUUAUUGAAAAAGGAUCUGUUGCUCAACCGGAUGUUUGGCCUUCUCCAAAUGAAGCAUCCCAUUUGCUCCAAAGGUUUUGAAAACUUGCCUAGCAUGAAACAAACUGCUAAAAUGAUGGACCAAGAAAAAUUUCUUAAGAAAAACGUAACAAGAAUGAGUAAGAAUUUGGACAAGGAAAAAAGAAAAAUCAGGGGGUUGAAAUUGAACAACAAAUGACCAAAUUCUUGUUUGAAAAAAAUUUGCAUGAUUUUAGCGACUUGGAUGAUCUGAGAGAUGUUGCUUCCCUUUUGGAUGAGAAGAUUAAUUUGAUGAACGAUAAGCUUGAAAACAUCGCGAACGAGAUUGGGAGUGGAUCAAGGUGUGGCAAAGAGAAGCAACAAUCCAUUUGAAGAUAAGCACCGAUGAAACGGAUCCUUGGGGCAUCGGUGUAUCAUGAAAGUUCAAUUCUUAGUGUGUUUAGUUGUGCUUUUUGUUAAGGAAGUUCGCUUUCCUGUUAUCCCAAAAAAAUGUAUUUCUAUUUUAAGAAUUCUAGGUUGUUUAAUGUCACAAACUUUGUUGGAUUAUUUACUUUUCUACUUCUAACCCUUUGAUGUAUUUUCUUA